AUGCAAUUGAGACGCACGGCAGUAUUCCUGACGUAUAUUGCGGCACUCGAUACUGCUUUGUCUUGGAGGACCUAUAAGAGAACCACCUUUCCUCCGUCUUUAGCACCCUGGGUCCGCAUCCCAACCCAGGCCAUACCAAGUAGCGUAUUUCAUCGCUUUUCGACUAUUCUCUCAGCUAUCAUGAAGCUCUCAACUUUUAUCGUCUUUGCUGUCGCAACCUCUGCCGCGAGUAUUUCUGACCCAAUCAAUUCUAAUGCUCUUGAGAAACGCAAAUGCUUCAAGACAGGGGCGGAAUAUGGGAAUCAAAAAGGCGAAGCGUGGGAGGCAGUGAGAGAAGUAUGCAAAAAUGAAUUCCAGGGAACUUACUAUAAAGGAUGGAAGUUCACAAGGUGCCGCAACAUCGCCGGGAAAAAAAGCGUCAAAUUCACUGUUGGUCUGACCGGACCGAACGCUGGGGCAAAACGCUUUUUGGGGGAAGAAGAGUGCUACAGUGGACUCCAUAAGGAAGUAAAGAACUGUGGUCGCGGAGGCGAGACGACUUAUGGAAACUGGUACUAUAGGUAA